AUGAGUUCUGCUUCAGAUGAUGGCUCGUCGUCGGAGGAAUUUGGCCCUUUGGAGAGCUUGCAUCGAAAUAUUGCGAGGGACUCAUCUUCGCCUCCAGCCAGCGAGCUUUGGCCCCGGUCAAACCAGCCAACCUCCGGGACCGAGAAUAACCCUAACAGAGAAGAAUCAAGAAAUACUGGGGGUAUAUUCGGGGAGUGGACUGGCCUUUCUAGCGCCGAAGACAUUCAGUUCGCAGGUUCUCGUCGACGGGAACAAGCCACCAGAAUUUCGCGAGUUGCUCCUCAGGAUGACCAAGUGCAGCUCUCUCGUCAAGGCGGGGCGGAACCAGAGCCCCCCAGAAACUCCACUCCUGGACAACUGAAAGAGUUGGUUCAGGCUUUGAACAACAACAAUGAAAUCCAAACUCACCUGCAAAAAAUACGACAUGGACCAUACUCCAAAGUUUCCGUGCUCCCAAUAAUGUUCGAAGCGGUAGAACCGUUUCAUGAACUUGACAAAGAGCUGGAGAGUGUGCGGACUUGUUUCCGAGACCAUUUCGGCUAUGCGGUGUACCCGAUAUUCAAAAUCCCACGCGGUAAAGAUUCGCACGACCUUGUGAACAAAAAGAUUUCCGAUUUGGUAAAAGAACAUGGCAAAAAGGGCGAAUUAGUCAUUGUUGUCUAUGCUGGUCAUGGUAUGCGUCCAUCGUGGAAUCAUUUUGGACCAGCUGUCUGGGCAGACAGAUCGUCCGCUAACCAAACAGUCAACUGGUCGGAGAUACAGCCACUUCUUGAAAAUGCCGAGUGCGAUACUUUGAUCAUACUGAAUUGCUGCUACGCGGGUAACGCAGUGUUGGGACCCAAGAGAGGUACCACCGAGAUAUUGGCCGCUUCAGAUCGUGACACACAAACCGGUACUCUCGAGAAGUCGUUUCUCAGAGUGGUUGUGGAGGAAUUGGUGCGCCUGUCAGUUUCAGCGUUCAACGUCGAGACUCUCCAUCACCACGUUGACAAGCAUAACACCCUGCGUAAGGGACAGCGCAUCCGCACUCCUUUCUAUCGAAGACUGCCCGACCCAAAAGUUCCCAGCAUUUGGCUCCAGCGUUUGGUUGUACCCGAUCGAACGGCACAGCAUCCAAGGAGUGAAACUCACAUGCAGUCCAAUGGAUCUUUCUACGUGAAAGUGUCACUGGAUGCGACCGAGAAUGAUUUGGAACUCGAAGCCUCAUGGAGCGCGUUCCUCGCGAACGCAAGUUGGCCCGGUGUGAAGGACUUGACUUUCUACACCGAGGACAUGUUACUUUCUGAGCUGAAGAAUUGA